CCCUGCUGCCAGUCAGCACUCCUCAGCACUCAAGAUGUCGAGGUGUCAGCCAGAUGGCGCCGUCAGACAGUCCAACGCCACGCCACCAUACGGAGGCCACUGAUGAUUUUCUGACCUGUUUGGAAGGCCAGCUCUCAAAAUUGGGCGACAAACACAAGCAACCAGAUCUUGCACAGGUCAUUGGGGCGACGUCGUAUCCAUUCAUGAGCCUUAGCAAGCUUUGCGCUGACAACAUUGCUUUAGCAGAGGUACGCGCGCGGACAAAACCUGCAGCUGAAGCUGUUUCAACCAUCACGUCGCAGGCUGCUCGUGCUCCAGCAACGUCCAGCUCAAAUCCUACCAAAAGGCCACUGGAUGGGACUGUUACUUCAGCUGCACACGCUCUUGUCCUGCAAGGAAUUAUCGAGGAGGCUGUGGAUGUUGUGCCUCCCUUUCCAAAUGUCCAACCUUUGCUGUAC